CAACAUGCCUGGCCGUCGCUCAGGUCGCGCGGCCGCCAAGCGCGCUGCUGAAAAGCUAGGUAAGGACCUCAUCCCGCCUGUCUCCUUGUUUCCACCGUUUGCGCCUCCCUUGUCUUGCGACCGCCCUGGCGCAACACCUCGCGUCGCGUCGUCUCGUCUCGUUUCGCAUCCGUUCCCAACACAUCUGCCAGUCGCUAAACAACCCACCCAGAGAGCACCCCUCGCACAUUCGAUGACCUCGAGGACGAGGCCAUGCCCGACGUCGAUGUAGACGCAUCCGACGCCGAAGCUCAGCCAGAGCCCGAGGACAACGACGAUGGCUCCGACGCUGAGCCUCAAGAGGAAGAAGAAGAGAAGGAGGACCCCGACUCGGACGCGGCUUCUCCCAAGUCCCCAUCACCUCCCCCACAACCUGUCAUAAGACGAAGACGUCUUGGUCGCCCCCCCAAGAACAGACCUGCCGAUUGGGACACCCUCCCCAUUGAACCUCCCAACCGGGAUCCCAACGAGACCCCUCGACGCCGCGGUCGGGGUGGCUGGCGAGGACGUGGUGGUCGCAAGGGCCAGUCCUUCAAGCCCACUCAGCAAGCCAUCGAUGCAGACGGCACCAUGGCCGACAUCGUGGACGACGAGCUUGCCUUACCAGAAGAUCCCGAGGGUGAGACCAAGGUCGACAAGCUCGGCAACCUGAAGGACGGGCGCGACUACCGAUGCCGUACUUUCACCGUCCAGGGCCGCGGCGACAGACUCUACAUGUUGUCAACCGAGCCUGCGCGGUGCGUCGGUUUCCGAGAUUCCUAUCUCUUUUUUACCAAGCACAAGCGUCUUUACAAGAUCAUCGUCGACGACGACGAGAAACGCGAUAUGAUUGAGCGCGAGAUCAUCCCCCAUUCAUACAAGGGUCGGUCGAUAGGUAUCGUCACUGCCCGCUCCGUUUUCCGCGAGUUCGGUGCCGGCAUCAUCGUCGGUGGCCGGCGCAUCAUUGACGAUUAUGAGGUGGCCGCUCGCCGGGCAGAGGGUGCUGUUGAGGGCGAAAUUGCCGAUCCCAAUGACAGAUUCGUCGAGGGCGAUGUGUACAACAAGAACCAGUAUGUUGCAUGGCACGGUGCAAGUGCUGUCUACCACACCAGCGGGCCAACCGUCCCUGUUGUCAACGGGAAGGUCGAGGUCAAGAAGAAGCGCGUCCCUCUCACAGACACCAAUUGGCAACUUGAGCAUGCUCGUGCCUCUGCCCAAUUCAAUGCCGAGAUUGGCGCCAUCCGUCGUCACAACAACGCCGGCGUUUAUGAUAUUCAUACUAAUGUUCUCCAAAUCCCUGCCAGCAUGCAGCCAACCCAUGCGCGCGUUGAGCAAGUCCAUCAUUCUCCUGCGGCCACCAACAGCAAAGUUUUCCCGCCCAUCAACCCAGUAAUACCGCGUAACUUCAAGGUCAUUGAUACGAUCAUGGAGACGCCCCCUGCUAGUAUGUCCAGCGCUGCAUACCAGCAGAACUACAAUGCGCCCGACUUCUUGGCACCAUUUCAUGGCCUCGGCGCUAUACCCGACGAAAUCAAAGAUCUAUUGCCUCCUGAAUGCCGCACGGCUUUCGAUGAGGCAGUAGCCAAGGAGAAUGAAUGGCAGGCAAGGUGGGGUCCUGAGGCGGAAACCGCACAUCGCCAACCGCCUACCAUCGAUGCCGCAAUCGUGCCAUACAGCAAGAUGUAGGGCCUCAUGCCUAUUAAGCAUCGAUUACGCAGUGGUGGUCAUGUACAUCUUAUUGAUCAAGCCCACAGAGUGCUUGUAAAUCAGCAGGAGCAGGAAAAGCAAAAAUUCUAUCACAGGGCCAAAACACUAAAACCUUGGAAUCACGAGGAGACGAAUCGAUAUCGGAGCAGAC